GCUCCAUCCACCGAAACCAAAAGUGCUGAAACAGAUUACCAGAUGAUUGUCGAAGUGGUGAAACGUUUGAUCAUUACACUCCCUCUCUUCUGUGUGUGCAAUGUUGAAGAGAGAAGAUGUAAUUCGUCAUUACAUACCCAGAGGGUGACAGACCACUGCCCAAGAAAUGAAGACGAGUUUGAAAGAAGGGACAACAAAUUCAAUUGUUCCUUUUACCCGCAAAAUUGCACCAGCCAAUCGUCGUUUUCUUACCACUGUGUGCCUAAUGCGUGGAGAAAUGCGUCCGUGGAAGUAUGUGCAAUAGCUACUACAAUUGUAGGUUCUACGUGUGCAGAGUUUAACUAUGGAGGGAAAAUGGUUCAGGAGCACAACAAAGGAAAAUGUUCAUCAUGUCCUUUUAGAUAUCCAUCGACAGAGGCUUACAAAUAUAGGGAAUGCUACAGCCAUGAAAAAGACCAAUCGCCUAAAAGAAAGAACAUCACCGGAAAUGUUAACUCAAAUGACACAGUGCUGUCUAAUAAUGAAUCGUCGAAGUGUAACGUGGGAUGUCCUGAUGCUGAUCCUGAUGUGAAUGUAAGAUGGGUGGCAGUGAUACUUGCAUUUAUAUCAGCUAUAGUUUUUGUGGUAUCGAUAAUAAGGAUUUAUAAAAGAACCCAUUGGAACCCUAGAAAAGAUACUAACAAAAUGGUGGAAUCUCCUAACAUUCAAGGUUGUUAUGAAAAGACAGAAGAAGGCAAAAGACUUUUAAAUCACACAGAAAAUACUGAUCAUACGAAGACCGGGAUCCCUGAAGAUGCUAUACACAAAGGCUACUUUUCACCAAAUAGAAAAACGCCAGUCAUCCCAGCACAUGAUAUCAGCAAAUCCUUCACAUCGUUACACGAACCUGAAUAUCCGAUUUACCUAACCUUCAGUAUAAGGCUGCUGUCAUUUUCCGAAUCCGAAUUCCCACUUACAGAUAAAACUGAAGAACUAGCCAACGCAGGAUUUUUUUAUGAAGGCUUUGAAGUCUGUACACAAUGCUUCCAAUGCGGUUGUAGAAAGCAGGAUUGGAAAUCAGAUGACAACGCAUUAUUAGAACACCUGCGUCUGAAUAGCAAUUGUUCGUUUGUGCUGUCAAUAAAGAAAGGAAAUGAAGGUGUACACAACAAUGAAUAAGGAGGAAUAUAUUUAGAGGCAAAUCACUUAAGAAAAUUAACUCCUGAGCUUUUGAGCACAACUGCGCAGGAUGCUACAACUGAGUAUUUAAUCGUUCAAUACUGAUCCCAACGGUGCAAACAUAUUAUACAUUUAUUAAUGAACCCUAUCAAGUUGAGCAUUUUUGUGUCAAUUCAAAGCUUGUUGUAUUUUUAUAUUAUAAAAUUAUUUCAUCAUAUCUGUAAAGUCACGUCUUGGUAUCCAAUAUAUUCCUUACGAAAUAACAUUGGCCAUUACAUUAUAUCAAUGUAUAAAGAUGUAAUAGCAAAUGAAUUAUAUCAAAAACUUUAAAAAAAAUUAUAGAGUCUACAAUUGGGGGAUAUAAACCACACUUCAAUCUUCAUGUAUAGAAGAUCAUUAUAUUGUAUGCAAUGAGAUUUAAACACACAAACACAUAACAAUAUAUAGAAUAAGAUUUAAACACAUACAUACAUACACACAAACACAUACACACGUACACACACAUUGUAUACAAUAUAUACAGAUUUGGAUAUGCACAUAAAUACCGGCACUUGUGUGUAUAUUUCGCAUUUCUCAUUCGUUGAGAAGAUGUAAAUGUAAAAGAGUGAAUUUCGAUAAGGAUGAUUUUAUGUCCACGAAAUUCCAAAAGUGAUAAUCAUACCAAUCAGAAUAAAACUUAAAUCCUCCUAAUUUCUCGCGUAGAAAAAUAUUUUGUUAAACAUAACUGAUUCUACCCACAAGCACGCUGAGGUUAACAUUGAAAAUAUGCUGGAGUACCUCAUUGGCAAUAUCGUCGUAGUCUUUCGUGAUCAGGUCUUCCAACAGUUUAUUGCAAUUCAUAUGGGCAAGAAUUGUACUCCUUUGUUAUGAAAGGUGAAGAUAACGAACAGUGAUCAAUUUCAUAACUCCUACAAGCAAUACAAAAUAGAUAGUUGGGCAAACACGGACCCCUGGACACACCAGAGAUGGGACCAGGUGCCAAGGAGGAGUAAGCAUCCACUGUUGACCGGUCACACCCGCCGUGAGCCCUACAUCCUAUAUCCUGUUUAUAUGGGUAUUGAAGGUGUGUAUAUGGCAAAGAGUUUGAUUUUCUUCAAUUUUUUUAAAAAGAAAAUUACAUGUUAUUGAAUUUAGUCAAUUUUGAGGAAUUAUUACAUAGAGAGUAAAUGGUUUUUCUGUUUUUCCUUCGACAAUUUUCAACUGAGGACCUUUUUAUUUUACCGAGUAUUUGUAUUGGAUGGAAGAUGUGCAUGUGGCGAGAAUUUUGCUUUUCUUCAAAUUUUAGGAAACUUACAGGUUGUUGAACUUAGUCCAUUUUGAGGAUAUAUUAUAUUAGAUGAAGGACAUGGUUUUUCCAUAUAACUCUUCCCAGUUUUAAAACUAGGGUAUUUGUAAAGAACUUGAUGUACAUAGAGCAUGGAUUUUUAUUUUUUUAUUUUUAUUUAAAUUUUGAAUAUUCACAGAUUGUUGAACUUUGUUGAAUUUGGGGAAAUAUUUGACAUACAGAAAUUUUUGUUUAUCUAUCUACCUCCUGUCACAGUUUUAAGCUAAGAACUUUUAUUCAUAUUAUGCAAAGAAAGUAUUGCACAGCCUGAUGAUGGUUGAUACUACUUGAAGCAAAUGUCUAAAAAUAUGGUUUCAGAAAAACACCCUAUCUAAGCAUUUUCACAGGAGUAUCAUAUCCCGUUUGCGGUGGUCUUGUAACAGAGGAUACCGGUCUAUCAAUAUUUCAUUCCAGUCCAGUAUUGCUGGUCCAACUCUAAGGUUAUACCUUUUUAUCUGGAAAUUAACUGUUUUAUCCAUGAAAGGUGAAGAUAAUGAACAGUGAUCAGUCUCUUAACACCUAUAAGCAAUACAAAAUAGAUAGUUGGUCAAACACGGACCCCUGGAUACACCUGAGAUGGGAUCAGGUGCAUAGGAGAAGUAAGCAUCCCCUAUCGACCGGUAAACUGGUUAUAAGCUAGAAUACCCUUGUGAAAGCUUUCAAAUAUGAUAUGUGUAUGUCACGACACAAAAUAUACUUUGUUGGAUUUUUCGAGGUGACGUAAGUCAGCCUCGUAUGUCAGACCCCAGCUUCAAUGGCGCCCUGUUUUAAUCACUACCAUUUGCGAAAUCACUUUGAUUUUUAAUAUAAUAAAUUUGUUGUCACAUAUGCUAAUGCAACGUAAAAGCUGUCACAAUUCACUUUGAGAUUGAUAUAGGAUCCAUAUGUUUACCCUCUAUGAUAAGCGAGUUAAAUAAUAAUUUAUGAAAUCGCAAUUUUUAUCCCUUCGAUAUGAAACAAAGUCCACACAUCAAAAGGAAUCGCGAAUUAGUGUUUAGGUUUGUAAACAAGAUCAAAAUUAUUUGUCGUUUGCCAACAUUUUAUUCCACGAUCUUAGAAAAACAGAAUUGGACUGUAGGAAACGAUUUGCAUUGCUUCUGUAUUCAUUCACAUUUUCACAUAUAGACGGGGAAAACAUGGUCUAUUUUUCUCUGGGAAUUCUGGGUAAACAGCUGUCUCCUCUUAUGUCUGAAAAUUAUGUUAAUUAGCCGAUUUAUCGCCUAUCAAAAAAUAGUUCACAUUGAUAUUAUGUUCCAUUUUUAUUAAACUGUUAUAUAUAAAUUCUGUUUUAUGUCAGAUUGAAGAAGUCUUCCUUGUAUGUGAUCUGUUGUAUUUAUCAAGCAGAAAUUGUGUGUAAUUAGAAUUUUAAUAUUAAACUCUACACUAUUUCUCUGUAUCCAUACGCGCCACGCUAUCCUGUUUAUCAACAAGGAGAAAACGUCUUGCCUGAGAGAACUGAUAUAUUCUUGCCAACGCAUUAACUCAAGGUAAUUAUCUGAAACCCAAUGUGUUAAUUUCGUACAAUUUUACCAAAAUAUUUCUUUUGGACGCAUUUUUUGAGAUUUUAAUACUAAAUCUGGGUGUAAACAUGUAAUCUUCGAUCGAAAGGGCCGAGCGCCAUUUCCCGCGCUCUUUCAUGGUCAAGUCAGAUAACUGUAAACAUUGAUUAAGAAAUAUAAA